AAGUCACAAAAGGUUCAUCACUUGAAGUCGUUUGAAGAAUUCCUCGCUGAAAUUUGUGAAGAGUAUCACCGAGUAUCUAGAGCCAGAAUUUGUCUCAGUAAGCAGCUGCUGGCGAUUGAGGUAAGUUGUGUAAACUGAUAGCGACAAAAAAGGCAGAUAGAUUAAACUGUGAGCUGUUGAACCCCCCUGAAAGAAAAAGCGUUGUACCUCUCAAUUGUUUCUUGACGCCUACCGGCUACAAUCAUGAUUGUUUCUUAAAUGUCGUUGUGUGCAAUGGGCGAAAAAAGGCCUAUUUGUCAAGGUCAGCUUGAAGACAAAAGGAAAUCAUAACAAGCUCAACUUCGCAUCAUUUUUUCCCACUGUUAAAAAUUAGAAAUUUAAAAACGCAUGAAUUGUUUAUCGUGUCACACCCGUGUUGUCACUAUUGCCAGGGACGCGCCGUUUAGUGGAGGCUUUGAUAGAUUAUGCUAGCAUAAUUUUUGCCACAAUUUGUCAUUACGAGCAUAAUUAUUUUCAGAAACAAAGCACUGCUAAUUUGCAAUUUGGCUAGUUUUGCAACACAAAAUUGUCAUUUAAUGAUCAUACAAUCCUCUUUUGGCCCCAGAUCAGUGUUACAGGCAACGUUAGGUAUGAAAAUUAAUUUUUGUCUGCUUAUUUGCGCAUUCCUGGGACCAGGAUCCAACAGGAGGUGAUCCUGCAUAACUAGCUCUGUUACUCAAGAUAGCGUCUGCGUGCCGCUUGUCAUUUAUUGCCUGAGUUUUAAACAAGUUUUUAUAGCUCUCACCAAAAGUUGCAACCAAAAAGUUUGUGGUCAAAGUAGACUCCAACACACAGAGGAAACAAGCAACAACAUUGAAAGGGUCAUCAAGAGGAACAGUGGUGUCAGUUUUGAAAAAUAUCGAGGCCACCUGUUUUAUUGGAUGGAAAACUUGUCAUGAUUAGUUACGCCGGAAUAAGGCGUGAAUUUUUCUAACUAAUCAAAGGUACUACUUUCAACAGGUGCCAUGUGCUUCGUUAUAAACCUGGCGGUAGCUGAUAUGUUGGUUGGUCUUCAUUCUGUGAUUGUUUUAAUGGUGGAUUAUAACCCAGUUCGUUGCGGCUUUCUAAAAGUGUGCAAAUUUUCUCCGAAAAUAUUGUUUUUGAUGUUUUUCGUUUACGCUUUUUUCUCUCUCGCCUCCUUGACAAAUAUUACUAAGAUCUCUAUAGAGCGCAUGCGUGCAAUAUUUCGCCAACUCAAGCAUCGACGCCUCAAAAAGUGGGUCUUCAGAGCAACAAUUACCGCUCUUUGGGUUUUACCUACGAUGGUACUAAGUAUGACAGUUUUCGGCUUUGAUUCCGGUUCACCUGAGGUACUUGUUUUCUUCUGGCCAAUACCAAUGUACCAUUUUUUUUGUCUGUUCGUUGUUAUCUGAGUUUCGUGCACUUGUAUUAGAAUUAGAUUUGUGUGUUGAGCGAGUCCUCAGCACCAUGGUGCAGUCAAUAGGCAAAGAAAACUGAUUGUGACAUUGUUCAUUAUGACUGUGACAUACAACAACAACUUUAUUCUUUAUACAAAAAUACAAAAGUUGGAUGAUUUGCCCCGCUAAUGACAUGACUGCAUGGUUUGGCGUAUAGUGGUAAAAUAGAUGAACGAGCCCCGAGGCAAGACUUUCGCUAAUUACCGUUACUUUUUAUUGGAUCACUAGAACUGUGGGUAUUCUCUAAAAACGUUCAUUUCUUUCAUUUGCAACCAGAAAAUUAAUUUAAGCUGUUGUAAGCAUAACGGGAGGCCAUAGAUAUCGUCUCUCUUCCUCAAAUCUUUAUUACAUGUCAUAACAUGAAAUAAUUACACCCGAUUUUACAGCAAAACUAAAACGAGACAAAAACUGCAAUAAUUACUCACGCUCACCUUAGAAGCAGCUUCUGAUAGCGAGUACGUGAGGUCAGAAACCAUUCCUGUACUCUGCUGCAAAAGUCUGCAUGUUCAGCAUUCACUUUCGUUGAAUCCCGUGGGGUCGCUUUCCUCAACAAAAAAACAAAUAAAAAAUCCAGCUUGGAAUAAAAGAGGAAUCUUGAUAGCAGCUGUAUUUCAUUUAGUGGCAGCAGUGGAAGAAUACUCGGCCAAUAGUUAAAAAUUUGAAAGGUUAAAAGAUUUUACUGAAGUCGGCCAUAAGAGCCUGCUUUAAACUGGCAAAACCAGGCAAAAACGCAGCCAUCGAUGAAUCCCUUUGCGACGCUUUUCUUGAAGAAAAACAAAUAGACAAUUUAGUUUUGAAAAAUGGAAGAAGAACCUUGACAGCAGUCGCGAUCGGCACGUAGUCUGUCGGCGAACAAAUUUCUGAGAUGCUGAAUAAACGCAUGGAUUCACCUUUGAAACUUUUGACCAAGGGUGGGGCAGAGACUAGCUUGCUCUUGGAGCGUGUCCAAUAGCGUGAUCAAACAAAAAGCAUCAAGCCUAAGAAGUUUUUCGCAAAAUGUUGUCGUCAGUCGAGCACAAGAAACAUCAAUCUAAAUUUUGCACAAGAGCUUUGGUUGCCCCUAAAAUGGUUAAUUUUGCGCUAACCAAAACGCAAGGCACACGACUGUCAUUCCCUUCCCUACCCUACUGGGGUUUUUACCCCAAACCUCAGAGUCUGUGCGGACGGUCAUUCGGGCGUACGCUGAAGUCAUAACCAAAUUUUCUCGGAUCCAUAGGUUUCCAAUUUCCCUUAAUUAGCUAUGGGGCUUCGCGCACGCGGACGCUCUGCUGCGCUCUUAUUAACUUAUAGUAUGACUUAGCGUUUGCGCCGCUGCUAAAACUCUCUUAAAAAAAGCAAGGUAUAUACGCGCAGGCUCUUGAGGCUCCCGAUCGUCUUUCGUGGCCUCAAUAAAAACGACGCUCUCUAAAGCAAGAGAGCUCAAAAGAACCUUUUAUGUUAUCGUGGCUAAAGCCAUUAAAUUCUUGUUCACGGCUUUAACCCAUUUAUUCGUCUCUUUAAACAAAAUUGCUUUUUACGGGCUUUGGUUAGUAACUGUUAGAUAAGUAAAUAUAAGAUGAAGCUUAUUCUUUAUCUAAGAGUCAAAGCUGCUAAAAAAGCAAAGUCAUUUUACGAGGAUUUUGUCCCAAACAAAUUAAAUCCCCUUGCAGAUGUUCAUGCUACUUCUAAUACAAAGAAAUUAAUCAGUCGCAGCGUAAAUAGAGAACUUAAUGCAAAAAUAGCCUUGUCUUGUGAUUGGUCCAAUUCAGUUUUCUAAACCAAAUAUUCAAAUAAUUUCAUGAGCAGGGAAGGAUUAAUUAAAGGCUGAUUGAUCGAAUAUCGACUGAUCACAGAGAGGCCUUCACUAACACUUUCGUUUGGUAGAAGCCAAAGAUUAUACACUGUCCUCAUCUACAGCCUGGCGUGUAAGCUGCUUACAAGUCCUCUUUGCAUGAACGUCAUCUUUUUGUCAGACAAGCCUCUAUCGUCUUUUAAAGGUACUCUUGUAGAAGCAUUUCCUUGCGUUGUAAGUAGAACGUCAUCCUAAAGGAAGUCAAAUACCCCCUGUGGAAAAAAAAUGAUGAGCCACUUAAUCGAUUGGGGCUGCUCUCAGGUUGAAAUUGUUGGUUAUUAUUCUCAGAGGUCCUGUGUUAUUUGUUCGGAGGUCAGAAACAUCCUGUCUCAAGAAUCCGGGCUGAAGCACUGAAAACUCAGUCCUGUGGAAAAGAGGUAACCUGCAUUAUAUUUGGCAGGGUACUUUAUUUUAUGAGAGAAAUACUUGGCAUGCGUUAUUACAAUGUCGUCGUCGUCGCACUUGGCUCAUAGAAAAGAGCCAACACGUACAGACUCGUUCUCUUCUAUUUUACCCUAAGAUACCCGUAUUUUGAAGGGAAGCGAGAAAACUCAAACAAACUGUCAUUAAUUACUUUUGUAUUAUCUCUUUCUUUUUCUGCUUCGUCUUUUUACCUUCUUUUUAUUUCCUUUCCUUCCUUUUCGAUCUCCUAUGACGCUCGCGCGCUUCUCGCGAGUGAGAUCCUUACCGCCGCUACUCUUACGCUUCGCCAGACCGAUUUUGACAGAAAAUACCGACUUGUCAUGAUAUGUGUAGUCACUUUAGAUCACUUUUGAAAAUAUGUGUUGACUACCAUACGAAAUAUCAAGUUUAUAUAAAAAUGUGAAAGCUCAUAAUGUGACCGCUGUUUGUGCUUUAUUUCUGAUUAAACCACGAUAGCCCAAGAACAAAAGUCUUUAAAAUACCGACUAUUUUUUGCAGUCUAACCUAAUAGCCGAGCGCAUGGUACAGUGGGCUCAGUUAUGACCAUCGGUUUAUCAAAAAAAGGAAGGCUUGCACUCGAAGAAAAACCAGUUUGACAGGAGAGAACAAAACUGAUUAGUCUACUGAGUUUGGGCUGUGGCAGCCUCAAAGGCUAGACGUGAUUCAGGCAGAGCCUGCUUUUCUCUUCAUCGAUCGAGAAGACAAAAGGAAGCUCUUCUUGUAGCCUGCGCACGAUUAAGCGUUCAAAUUAAUGGAUAUGCUCUUUUCCUCCUCUACUUCCAACAGGUAUUCACGAGCAACAAGGAAAUACGGAAGACGAAAAGAGAAGGACAACAACAGAAUUCAAGAUGUAUACAACAUCCGAGUGUAUCGCCUGGCAUGCUGUAUCUGUAACGGAGUCAGUUAUCAUCGUAUCUGUCAACCUUCUUACAAUCAUUGUCUUUAUGAGGAACAAAAACCUUCGCAAAAGAAGCACGUGCUUGGUUAUAAACUUGACCGUAGUCGACAUGUUGGUUGGUGUACUUUUCGGGGUUCCUCAAUUCCCUUUUUUACCUUGUAACGUAUUUGUAGAUUACGUGGAAGCAAUUUUGACACAAGCUGUUCUUAUCUUUUUACUUCUCGCCUCCGUGACAAAUAUUGCUGUGAUCUCUUUAGAGCGGAUGCAUGCGACAUUUCGUCCAAUCAGGCAUCGCGUCAUCAAAAAAUGGGUCUACAGGGUAACAAUAGCUGGUGUCUGGGUUCUGGCUUUUAUUGUAAACUUGGGUCGUAUUUCGGUAACGUUCACAGCACCUGUGCUCUUGCCAGUAUAUUAUUGUAUGUGUCUAUUCGUUAUCUGUGUUUGUUACACUUGUAUCUCAAUCAAAUUUUUUUGUGGAGCGCAUCCCCAGCAUCAUGGUGGAGCCAAUAGACAAAGAAAGCUGACUGUGACGUUGCUCAUAAUGACUAUUGUAUCUUUAUUUAUGUUGCUACCAUUUUUUCUCGGUCUUUUCUUUUUUUUGACUCAAAAAAGGUCUGGUUUAUUUCGUUCUCCUUUGUAUAUGAGUGCCACGUUUGUUUUGUCCGGUGCAAAUUCUUUUGUAAAUCCCAUUCUAUAUACUUUAAGAAUUCCAGAGUUUAAAAAAGCUCUGAUCUCAUUAUUUAGACGUCAAAGAAAUGAAAAUGUUGUAAUCCCACUUCAACAUUAA